AUGUUGAGCUUUAGGUCUUGUAAUAUUGUUCACGCUUCACUCCUCUUCACUCCUCUCCACUCCUUGCUGCCGUCAAUUCAGCUGGUAGAGCUGAAGAAUGGCGAGACGUGCAACGGGCAUCUGGUGAGCUGCGACACGUGGAUGAACAUCCAUCUGCGCGAGGUCAUCUGCACCUCCAAGGACGGCGACCGCUUCUGGCGCAUGCCGCAGUGCUACGUGCGCAGCAACACCAUCAAGUACCUGCGCGUGCUUGAUGAGUGCUACGUGCGAGGCACCACCAUCAAGUACCUGCGCGUGCCAGGCGAGGUGGGUGGUGGUUGGGGGGAAAGGGGCGAGGUGGGUGGGGGUUGGGAGGGAAGGGGCGAGGUGGGUGGGGGUUGGGGGGAAAGGGGCGAGGUGGGUGGGGGUUGGGGGGGAAGGGGCGAGGUGGGUGGGGGUUGGGGGGGAAGGGGCGAGGUGGGUGGGGGUUGGGAGGGAAGGGGCGAGGUGGGUGGGGGUUGGGAGGGAAGGGGCGAGGUGGGUGGGGGUUGGGGGGAAAGGGGCGAGUACAAGAGGAGGUCAUCAGAAGACAAGGUAAAUUACUCCAUGCCUUGCCACAAUACCAUGCUUACCCCCUCACCUCCAUGCCCUCCUCGUUUCCGCACCCCCUCUCUCCCUACCCCUUUGCUCCCUCCCCCUCUCUCGGUACCCCCUUCUCUGUGUGCACCUCUCUAUCUGUGCACCCCUCUAUCUGUGCACCCCUCUAUCUGUGCACCCCUCUAUCUGUGCACCCCUCUAUCUGUGCACCCCUCUAUCUGUGCACCCCUCUAUCUGUGCACCCCUCUAUCUGUGCACCCCUCUAUUUGUGCACCCCUCUAUCUGUGCACCCCUCUAUCUGUGCACCCCUCUAUCUGUGCACCCCUCUAUCUGUGCACCCCUCUAUCUGUGCACCCCUCUAUCUGUGCACCCCUCUAUCUGUGCACCCCUCUAUCUGUGCACCCCUCUAUCUGUGCACCCCUCUAUCUGUGCACCCCUCGCUCCCUACCCCUCUCUCCCGACCCCCCCCCCACUCCAGUGCGGGCGGACACAGCAGGGCAGGGAUGCAUGCCUUGUUUUGCCCUACUAACCCCUUCUCUGUCUGCCCUCCUCUGA